AUGGUUCUGCACGCUCCGACCGCUACCGCCGCUGUGCUUGUUCUGUUCGUGGGCCUUGCGCUCGGACAGCAACAGAACAACCGCGGUGAAUUCCAAUGUCCCCAGAAACCAGGGUUCUACGCCGAUCAGAUACAAUGCGACCUGUACUACCACUGCUCCGUGGACGGCGAACUAGAGGAAAAACUCUGCCCCGAUGGACUGCUGUUCGACGACUCCAGCCCGAGUCACGAGAAAUGCGAUACGUCCGUAAACGUGGACUGCGGCCAGAGGACCGUUCAGCAGGAACCGAAACCAUCUAAAGGCUGUCCUCGGGCCAACGGCUACUUCAGGCAUUGGGACGAGGGUGUCUGCGACAAGUUCGUCAACUGCGUGGACGGCAAAGCCAACGAGAUGCCGUGCCCACCCGGUCUAGUAUACGACGAUUCCACAAGUUCUUGCGCCUGGGCGACGGACAGCAAGCGGCAAUGCACUACCACCAAAAGAGACGCUCUCACCGACGGUUUCACGUGCCCAGAAGGUGACGUGGUCGGUCCCAAUGGCAGAAUCUUACCCCAUCCGACGUUCGCCCACCCCGACGAUUGUCAGAAGUUCUACAUCUGCCGGAACGGCGUCAUCCCGCAAUACGGUAGCUGUUCCGCGGGUACCGUGUACAACGACGUGUCCUUUAAGUGCGACGAACCGGAAAACGUACAAGGAUGCGAAAAUUACUACGCAAACGAGGACGAGAAUAAGGGCGGAAAAAAUUAA